AUGGAUGACAACCAUUAUCUUAUUGAAUGGAUAGCCUACCAUUAUCACGCUGUCAAUCUACGAAAUCUCAUCAUUGUCAACGACGAACACAGCAUGACAUCGCCCUACUCUGUAUUGGAAAGAUGGAAUGGUCGCAUGGACAUUUUGCAAUGGAAGGACGAGCACUACAUGGAUGCAGCCGAGUUUAAAGCCGCCCAACAAGAAGUGAUCAAUUACUUUGGAAAUGACAUGCCGCCCAGUUUAGUACUGCACCGUGCGCGACAACGAUUGUUCUACUACAAAUGUCUGCAAAAUCUAAAAGCACGGGGAAAGUCAUGGGUGUUGCUGACCGACAGUGAUGAAUAUGUCCGACUGAAUUACGACUUAAUUGGGAAAUCCAAUUUGCAAGCUUUACCGAUGCAAGAACCUGGUUCCGUCAGUAGCUUUUUGAACCAACAUGCCCUUGUCCAGUCGAAAGAUGAUGGGGUCAAUAAGAAAGAAGACUCAUCGCCCAUUCAAAUGUUGCAGUCGUCCCCGUGUGUCCAAGUUCCAAGACUUCGAUUUGCCGGAGGAGAAGAAUCUACCGGACUCAUACAUGAAAACUACAAUGCCAGCGAUUUCUUGACGUUGCGAUGGACCUCACAUGCACCACCAACGGAUUACAAAAGAAACAAGAUAUCCAAGGCCAUUGUGGAUGUUUCGAGAAUCCCGCCACAAGAUCUCCUGCCUGUCGACAGUAUCCAUGUACCAGUCCGAGCCGUUUGUCAGCAACGACGCCUCCAUGUGCGCAUGUCCCAAUCCUUUUUGGUCAUUCAUCAUUAUCUGGGGGAUCUUUCGCAAUAUCUCUACCGAGAAAAUGAUGCACGCACGUUGCGGUCUGCCGACAAGUAUGCGGAAAGUAAAUCUCUUGUCAACCCACAAGUCAGCAAGGCGAUGCAACCGUGGCUGAAUGGCUUUUUGACAACCACCACAACCACCACCACCGUCGAUCAGUCAUCCUCUAAUCAUGCCUCCCCUCUGAAUAUUAUGGGUGCCAAGGACUUGCUGGCAAAUGUUGGCAAACUCCAACCCAAGAGUUGGCAAACCUACAAUGGACCUGAAAACCAAGACCGGUGUGCCCUUUGCUUCUUUGGUCUUCCAAGAGCUUACAAAACACUGGUCCUACCAAGUAUUGUUCAGAACCUUCUCAUUCCCAAUGCCAGACACAACUGCGAUAUUUACGUUCACUACUACAAACAAUACGAAGAAGAAGCAGGGAGACGGAAUCGAGGGGGCAAAAUCAAUCCAGACGACAUCUUUCUACUCGAAGAAGUGGCCAAAGAGACUGCAGCAAAAUAUGGUAACAAGGAUGGGAGGAAUGCAGGCAGAGUUCCGAAUAUUCAAUUCACCUACGACACGGACGAGAUGUUCCUGGAAAAGAGAAAGGAGUUACUGGAGAAAUACCACAACACCAUGGGACCUGAUGGUAAACCAGCAUACUUUCCUUGGGGAACCAAGACAUACACGUCAACAAGCCUGGACAAUAUGGUUCGUCAGUGGCAUUCCAUCGAAUUUGCAUUCAAGCUGAUGGACUUUGCAGGCAAGCAAAAUGGAGUCCAGUAUUCCCGGGUCGGCAUGUUUCGGAACGACGCCAUGUUCUUGACACCGAUCGAUAUUGCCUUGAUGGACAAGGGCGUGGCGGAUACCAAAAACAUGGUGUUCAGUGUCGCUCCGUUUGCUAGAUAUCCCAUCAAUGAUCGAAUGGUAUAUGGUCCCUACAACGCCAUUAAGAUUUGGUCGACCAAACGAUUCGAACUGAUCGAGAAGCGAGUCCAAUUGGCGCAAGACCCAGGGUUCGAGAUGCACUCGGAGCGAUUUUUGAACGGGACCAUUUUUCCAGCGAUGGAAGCUGUGGGAUACAAGAUGGAGAUGAAUCGGGACGUCUGUUUUGUUCGUACCAGAGCCGACGAAGCUGCAUUGGCGAAUGACUGCACUGUGGGAGGCAUGACUCGAGGCUUUGGAAGUGUCAACAAGAAAGAACUUGUAGAGAGUAUCGUUGGAAAGAAUUGUACAUCUUACAAGAUGGGCUUCAAGUGGCUGGGAGUUGGAUGUGGGGACGGGAUCAAGUACUUUGACGGAAAGCAGUGA